AUGGACGCCUCCUCCCUCCGCAUCUCCAAGUUCGAUGGAACUAACUUCCAUGCCUGGAAGUUCAAGAUGCAGAUGGUGCUGGAGGAACGGGACCUAUGGGAGGUCGUCAGCGGUGAGAUCAAGGCGGAACAGUGCGAGACUCAGUUGGACCAAGCGACGUACAAGAGGAAGUCAAGAAAGGCGAUGGCAGUGAUCUGUCUAGCCAUGGAAGAUUCCCAGCUACCGUUGGUCCGGUCGGCAAGUGGUGCAUGCGACGCAUGGUCAAGGUUGGAAGACCACUUCGAGAAGAAGAGUCUUGCCAACAAGCUGUUCUUGCGCCGUCGCUUCUUCACGACAAUGAUGGAAGAAGGCGACGAUGUGCUCGAACACAUCAACAAGCUCAAGACGCUGGCGGAACAGCUAGAAGCGGUGGGGGCUCCAGUCUGCGAGGACGAUCUGGUGAUCACACUCCUCGGCAGCCUGAGUGACUCGUAUCAAUUCUUGAUCACAGCUUUGGAGUCGCGCUCAGACACUCUUAGCUGGGAGCUCGUGACGUCUCGACUGCUUCAUGAAGAAAUGAAGCGGAAGGAGCAAGGAAGUAAAGGUGAUGAAGCUUCGCAAGGUCAAGCGUUCAUCACAAGGGACAAUCAGCGCAAAGGGCGACCAGUGAAGAAGUCCUGGCCGUGCCACAAUUGCGGAAAGAUUGGUCACUGGAUGGCGGAGUGCCCCUCGCGCAUCCAAGAAAACACGGAGAGACACCGGCCACAGCGUGCUCAAGACAGCGGCGACCGCUAUCGAUCACAACGUGCAAACGUCGCUCAAGAAGAAGACUCGGGCGACUACCUCUUUUCGAUCGGUGAAACGACAUCUGCGAAAUCGAGCGACAUCUGGCUGGUCGACUCCGGGGCGACGCAGCACAUGACGUGCUCCAAGAAGUUCAUGCGGAACUACAAGGGGUUUGACGCUGUGGAUGUCCAUCUCGCGGAUGAUGGAAUCGUCCAAGCAAUCGGCAGUGGGGACAUUGUCAUGUCGAUGAAGACACCCCAAGGGAUGAAGAAAGGUGUGCUCACAAACGUGUGGCACAUCCCAAAGUUAUCCAGAAACCUGUUCUCGGUCGGCCGCUUCACCAAGGAUGUCGGCCCAGUGACGUUCACGAAGGAUGGGUGCUAUGGAGAAGCGAAAGGGACCAAGUGGAAAAUUGGUGCCCGUGAAGGUAAAGGACUGUUCAAGCUGCAAAUGACUCCAGUGGCGCCGGAACAAGCAAAUGCAGCCAAGUCGUCGGGAUGUCAAGGGGGCACCAAGUCGUACCUCUGGCACCUUCGGCUUGGCCACAUAGGUCACGAUGGACUCAAUUGCAUCGUGACGAAGAACAUUGGAAUUGGCAUCGACAUAUCUUCGGUGAAGAAGUGGGACGUGUGUGAAGGUUGUGCUCUGGGAAAACAGACUCGAGUGCGCUUCCAAUCAAACACUACAGCUCGCACCUCCAAACUCCUCGAAGUGAUUCACAGCGACGUAUGCGGACCGAUGUCGAUGGCAACUUUCAGUGGAAAACGGUACUUCGUGACAUUCAUUGAUGACAAGUCAAGAUACUGUGUCGUCUAUCUGCUCAAGAGCAAAUCUGAAGUUGCGGCGAAGUUCAUGGAAUACGCUGCGAUGGCCGAAACGCAAACCGGAAAGCGCGUGAAGUACCUUCAAAGCGACAAUGGGGGUGAAUACAAGUCCGACAAGCUGGCACGAUUCUGCGCGGAACGGGGAAUACAACAAAGGUUCACACCCCCAUAUACUCCUCAGCUAAACGGAGUAGCUGAGAGAAUGAAUCGCACGCUGGUCGAGUGUGCGCGUUGCAUGAUGGAACACGCUGGACUGGGGAAAGAGCUACUGGGGUGA